CAACAAUACCUUUACGUACUCUCUCUCUCUCUCUCCAAUUACGACGACUUCUUGACUCCCCGUCAAAUGCGCCACACUCGUCUCCGAUCUGAAUGAUGGCGGCCGUCACAACCACCACCGUAACGGAGCCACUACUCAAACGGAAUACCAGAGUUUGUUUCUCCUUCGCCGCAUACUCCAAAGACCUCAUCGAUCAUCUCCACCACCAUUCCAACGUCCCAAUCACCCAAGGCCUAACCCUAACAGAAUUCUCCGCCAUUGAAUCCGCCUUCCGUUUCUCAUUCCCGCCUGACCUCCGAUCACUUCUCCGAGAAGGCCUUCCAGUUGGCCACGGCUUUCCCAAUUGGCGAUCGUCUUCCCACCAGCAACUCGAUAUUUUGAUGAACCUUCCACUCUUGGGACUAUGUAAGGAAGUAUACCGCCAAAAAUUCUGGCACCGCCGGUGGGGUGAUAGGCCGGAGGAAGAUGAUGAAGCUGUUGAAGUGGCUAAAGGGUUCUUGAAAAACUCACCGCUUCUUGUUCCGGUUUACCGGAAUUAUUACAUACCCUCGAUCCCGUGUUUGGCGGGGAACCCUAUAUUUUACGUGAAUGGUUUGGAUGUUAAGUUGUGGAGCAACGACGUCGUUGGGUUCUUUCAGCAUACUGAAUUUAAAGAUGGGGAGCUGAGGGAGAUGAGACCGGCUAAUCUUUUAAGUGCACCGGUGUGGGCGGCUACGGAGGCAAGAAAAAUAGAGUUUUGGACGGAAUUGAUGGAACUCUGCCGUGAUACGGCGCUGCACGGAGGAGAAAUGAAAAGGAGGUGGUGGCGCCGGAAUGAAUUGGGACGUUUUUUGGAGGAUGUGCGGUUAAGGUUGAGAGACGGAGGGUGGAAGGAGGAGGAUGUAGAUGAGAUGAUGAUGGAAAUGGACGGUGAAGAUGAGAAAUCGUCAUCAUCGUCUGAUAAUGGUUCCAGCGAUAUAAAUAAAGUCACGGAGGUGAGAAAUGAGAGGGAGGGUGUGGGGCGGCACGUGGGGGUAAUGUCCGAGAGGUUAUUACGUGGGGGGUGGAGCAGGGGAGAUGUGGUGGAGUCGCUUGGUUGUUUGACUGAAGAUGGUCAAAGUAAGGAAGAUCGGACGGAUGAGAUUGAAAUUGGGAGUGAUGGUGGGGAUUCAUUUUUUGACUUGAAGCACAUAACAUGCAGCUGCGUUGACGAUGAUGAAAAUAAUAAUUCUUGUGAGGUGUAG